CCUGCGUACGAUUUCUGUCAAAAUCUGCUCUUUCCAGUGUGAAAAAAGUUAUUUUAUUAUCACUAACAUUUGAGAGUUUUUAUUUAUAUGUGUGUUUUAAUUCACUACAUUUUUACAAAUCAAAAUAAUUACAAGAAUUAUUAUUAGAAUUAUUAUUAGACGUGCUCGUUUGUGGGGGCAUACAAGUUGUUGUUUUCGAUAUGAGAUUCAAGAUAUCUAUACAAGGUAGCGAGGAACAUAAACGCUUGUUCACUUGUGUUGCAUGGAGUUCGACAGAAGAAAUAUAUUCCUGUGGGGAAGAUCAUGUGUUGUUAUGCUGGUAUUUGGAGGGUGGAACUACUGCUCAUUCUGCUGUUAUCACAGUCUUUCCAGACGAUUUUUAUCCAACAGAUAUGCAAUGGCAUUCGCGUUCCAGCACUGAUACUGCUUCUAUUGCCAAAAAGUCAUCUAUGGAUGUGUUAUUGAUAACCACAGCUGAUGGGAAAUUUCAUUUGGUUAAUAAAACAGGUCGUGUCGAGAAAAGUGUUGAUGCUCACAAAGGUGCGACUACAUCGGGCAAAUGGAGUAGUGACGGUUCUGCAUUAUUGACAUCUGGUGAAGACGGUUUAAUUAAGAUCUGGUCCCGAAGUGGUAUGCUUCGAUCCACAUUGGUAAAAGCAAAUCUGCCUAUUUUAACAUCCAGCUGGAGUCCCGACUGUUCGACAGUAUUGUACUCUCAGGGCGCAAGUUUGAUUCUUCAGCACAUCAAUCCCAGUUCUAAACCGUACAGGUGGCACGCACAUGACAAUCUCAUUCUGGUUGCUUGCUGGAGUCAAACGAAUGGGCUUAUAGUUUCGGGAGGUGAAGAUUGUAGAUAUAAGAUAUGGGAUGCAAAGGGUAAUCAAUUAUACAAUAGCAGUGUUGGUGAUUAUCCUAUAACAGCAAUUAGCUGGUGUUAUUCUGGUGCUUGUUUUGCUGUUGGAUCUUUUAAUACCUUGAAACUUUGUGAUAAACAUGGGUGGUCGCAUUCUUUGGAAAAAAUAACCGCUGGAAGCAUUUACAGUAUAGCAUGGUCUAAUGAUAGUAUGCAAAUAGCUAUGGCGUGCAGUAAUGGAAAACUCGUGAUUGGACAUAUUAUAGAUAGAAGGUUACAAUGGGAUAAUUACGAAGCAAUAUUAAUUAAGAGAAAAGUGAUCGAAGUUAGAGAAAUAGGUAACGAAGUAUGCGAGAUAUUAGAGAUCUCCGAUCGAGUUGUACACUUCGAAUUCGGUUUUGAUCAUCUGGUCAUAAUUACACCUACACAAUGUCACGUGUAUUCUGUAACUAAUUGGAACACCCCGGUGAUAUUUAAUUUGAAGAGAAGUGUUAUUUCAGCUGUGUUACUUGCAGAAAAACACUUUCUAAUUGUUGAGUGGAAUACUAUAUCAUUGUACAGUUACCACGGACGUUUACUAGGCGUGCCAAAAUGGAAAGGUUUUUCUCAAGAACCGCUUUAUCCUCCUGGCAUAUCGUUAUGUACAGAUACUUUGAUUAUUAGAGAUCAAAGUAAUGAGAAAUUGAUUCAUGUCUUGGAAUUGUCGUAUAAUAAAUCUAUAGUGGAAGGUCAAUCGCAUUUACAUCCGCACAAUGUGACAAAAGUAGCGAUAAAUUAUAUCGGUGAUAUAAAGGAUCGACAAAUGGCGUUAGUAGAUGUCAAUAAAGACUUAUAUUUGGUUUUAAUAAGAACUACUGGUUUUGGAAAAGUUUGCAAAAUAGCUACAAUGACGUAUAGUAUUGCAUGGGCAACUGACGCAAAUGUGUUAGCUGCAAUGUUAGAUGCGAAUUUGUCAGUAUGGCUGUGUCCCAAUUGCGUUUAUUAUUCUGAUCGCAAACUAAUACGUCGAACGAGAAUCGAUAAAGAAAGCAGCGAGUUUGGAAAACAACCCAGCAUUGUAAGUGUUCGCAAUGGUAUUGUUAUGGUGAGACGAGGAGACGGUGCUGUUGUAGCUUCUUCCUUCUACAAUCUAUUUACAAGAUUGCAUGAACAUAUAUCGAACAAAGGAUUAAAGGAAGCACUUUCGCUUUGUCGCGUGGCUCAGAAUGAAACACUAUGGACUUGUAUGGCUGUUAUAGCAACUGACAACAGAGAUUUGCAUGUUGCGGAAGAAGCUUACGCAGCAAUUAACAGAUACGAUAAAGUAGAUUAUAUUAAUUACAUUAAAAAUUUGCCGAAUACAACUGAAAGAAAUGCAGAAAUGGCAUUGUUAGCGGGCGAUUUAUUAGCAGCAGAAGGACUAUUAUUGCAAAACGGUCUGAUUAAGGAAGCUAUACGUAUUAACAUCGAAGUUUACAAUUGGAAUAGGGCUUUGGAGUUAACAAUAAGACAUAAAAAAUAUCUCCAAGAGAUUUUACAAGCGAGGACAAAAUAUUUGCGCAAUAUUGAUAAGAAUGAAAUUAACCAAAGUUUUCUUACACUAAUGGCACACACCUCACAACCAAAACAUCUAGAAAAUAAUGAGAAUAAAAUACAAAAUAUCGAGGAACAAGUAAAUAUUGAACAAGAUCAGUCCGCAUCGUUGGGUCAUGAAAAAGAAACUUAAGAGAACUUGAAGCAUCCUCUCUUAAUUUAUAUUACAAUUUUCCACAAUAGCGUAAAAAAAAAGUUCACAUUUCAAGUACUUACGAAUUAAUUUAGUUAAAUUUCGAAUUUUUCAAUGCAAAAUUAUAAAACGUUACAUAAAUCCAUAAAGAGAAGUGUCGAAAGAUAAAAUUAAUUUAUAAUAAAGACAACAUUUUGUUAUCAUUUGUUAAUAAUUUUAUGUAACGUUAUUUCCAUCUAUCGAUAAUUUAGAUAUAGUAUUCGUCAAUAACUUAUCUGUUGUAAAUAUACAUAUAUAUUUAAUAAGAUAAGUUGUACACUCUUGUAACAAUAUAAAAUUAUAUACAUAUAUGUACAAAACAAAGCUAAUUGAAUAUGGCGCGCAUCUUGAUUCUAUAUAAAGUAACUACUUACUAAAACUUCGAAAUAACUAUAACGAAAGCGCGCUGUGUUCGCUCAUUCGCGAGUUAUUAGUUAGAUCACAUAAGAUCAUGGACAAGCCAUUAUAAUUUUUAUUUUACGCAUGCGUCACUACGUCAUUGACCACGUGAUUGAUUUUGAUAAAUCCGCGUUCUGCUCUACUUUCCAGAAAUUUUGUUUUUUUUUUCUAUUUCACAGAGUCCAUAUAAAAGUCCAACUUAUAUAUAAAAUGUGAAAUGUACAUAUAUUAUAUAUAACAAAGAUAUUAAAGAACUAGAAGAAACAUAUACACAAAUUUCUUUUACCGUCGCAACAAAUAUUGAUAUUCACACAAUUUGCAAGAAAGCAAAAUUUAUAAAAACAUUGUCGAUUGCUUAUCAAUUUCCUCGCAUACAAAAUACAUAUGCAUCGAACAUACACUGCCGACGAUUGAAGAAACUUUCACAGCCAAUUUUUUCACUUCUAGAUAAGUUUUCGAAAACUUUAUCUAGAAGAUAUCUCCC